AUGGACACAACAUCCACCUCGCCGCCCCAACGCUCCACGUCGCCCGACCCUUGGGCUACGCCCUCUCUCGCCAUCGGCGCCAUACCGCCCCUCGACCGCUCCGUCUCGACCGCUUCGUCCGUCUCGUCGGUUUCCGGACGCUCGGCAGGCUCCCGGCUGUCCGAUGGCGGCAGGCGGCGUGGAUACAUGAGGCCCGAGGGCACUGAGUUCUCCGAGUCUGCAAAGAGCAGAGAGAGCGUCAUGAACCUCGGCACUAUUGCCCAUCUACAAUACUACUUUGCUAGAACUGGUCUGCUCGACACCGCCACGGGACGAAUAGCAAAAGGUCGCAAGCCCGGGUCGCGAACAGUGAGCGGCAACGAGCCACUCUCCCCGGGACUCGAUGCAGAGUUUGGUAUAUUAUCGCCUGGAUCACCAAUGAGUGAGCAUCACAUGGGCGAGGGCUUCGUUGAGUCGCCGCUCGACGAGACGCCCUCCAUGACCUGGGAGGACCCUGAGCCCAUGAUGCUCCCACCUACCGUUAGCACAUACAAGAACAACCCCAUCUACGUACCCCCGCCACCUGAUAUGACAGUACUUCGCCGCGAACUACGCGAGUCGCUCGCCGAAUCCAUGAAACAUCUGCACGAGCUCGAGAAGGGCUUCUCGGAUAUUCAGCCAGACGGAAAGACAGCAAAGAACGGUGGUGCUGAUGCGUCGGGGUGGCACGAAGUUCAGGGCCUGAACUUGCUCGAUGUCACGACGCUGGCCAUCAGGGCUGCCAAAAACUACUACACUGCACACGAAGAGCCACAGCGACUUUACGCCAUCAAGUCAGAACGCGAGAUUCGCAAGGAGCUGUACGAUACACUCGAGGUACUGAAGCGCCUGGCCAUUCGCAACUUUGGAAACGGCGUUCAGCCAUACGAAGUAACUCAACUCAAGCAGUGGGUUGACGACAUCAGCGCGCUUCUAGAUACGGAAGAAGAGAAGGAACGUGAAGAGCAAGAGGCACGUGAAACAUGGUCGUGGCGCGACGGUGACUGGACGGGCAAGGAGCGGGAGCGCGAAGUUCUCUUUCUCCGAUCGUUUGACGAGACGAGUGCCGAAGCCCUUCCAGAGUGGACAGCCUCUACAGAUUCGGAACUCCCGACGCCCUUCCUUGCUACACUCCAAGACGGACUAAGACUGGUGCGCCUGCACAACACGCUAGUGCGAAGAUCGAAACGACACUUUGAGCAGAUCAAGACAUAUCACACGGACACAACGAAGCCAUACCGCUGUGCUGACAACCUGCGCUAUUGGGUCAAAGCGGCAGAGCUGCGCUGGGACAUUAAGCUCGAUGUCGACGUCAUGGGCGUAGUGCAAGGUAAGGAUGCGGAGGCAUGGCGCAGGUUUGACGCCGCUAUUCUACAAUGGAGCCAAGGAGUGCGUGAGGAAAUCACGCUCGAGUGGCUGAAGCAGAAGAACCAGGCGAGGACACCUACACUACAGAUCGACCCAAACUAUGAGGCGCUGUGA